GCACCAGUACGACUACAGUAUAAAGGGGCGGCCAUGGCCAGCAUGCUCACCAGCAGUUCUUCACUACUUUGCGGCUUCACCACCUCACGACCUCGCACACAAACCACUUUCACGACACUUCACGAACUCGAACCGGGCCCGAACCAUGUCCCCAUCUGUAAACUCCCCAGCACCGACCGCGAGCCGCGACGGCCGCGACGACGUCACCCAGAACAGCCAGAACAGCCAGAACAGCCAGAAUGGCGAGAGCGAGUACCCCGAGCAGCUGCACGCCGGCGCAGUCGGGCUCGGCCCCGAAUACGGGCGCGGCGUCGCGCGGAAACAGACGACCGGCGACAAGCUCUCAGGCUACAAAGACGAGCUCAAGGGCAAGGUCCUCCGCAAGCCCGACGUUGCGCAGCACGGGCACGACCUGCGCACGGGCGAGCUCAAGCGGCGGGAGCAGGCCCAGGAUGACGACGGCGUACGUCCCAGUCCCCUCCGCCCCACACGCGCAUUCGCAUAUACUCACGCUCCUAUUGCAGGGUCAGGCGCCGGACCUCCCGAAGAGCAACAGCAACCAGCGGACUGCGCAGCCGCCCAGCGUCGGGGACACCGCGCACCCGACGGAGCGCGGGCGGUACGAGCAGGCAUCGAGCGUCGCGCCCGAGGGCGAGCAACGAGCACGCCGGGCGAGCAUGCGUACAAGAACAUAGGCUGAGGGCCCGCCGGCGGGCGUACUGGACUUGUGUUUGCAUUGGAUGCUGGAUGGAUGGAGGAACACGCGCGUUUGUAUGAUACAAUAU